AUGAGCGUCCUGCCAGGGCCGUGCCACAUGACGAGGCUCCAUCGCGGCGCGGUCGGCAGGCUCUGUCGCAGCGUCGGCCCCCCCGGAGAUCUCGACGUUGGCAUGGCUCGGGCGUCUGCACUGUGCGUGGCGAGGCCAGCGCCAGAAGAUCUGGGCCACACCCUGAUGCACUGGGCCGCGCUGUCCGGCGGCUUCGCGGGCGUGGAGUUCCUCUCCAAGGCCCACGGGCCGCGCGGGCCCCGUGGCCGCCAGGCUGCGCAGAACGGCCAGACGCCCCUGAUGUGGGCCGUCAUCCGCGGUCAUGUUAAGGCGGCGAAGGUGCUCCUGGACGCGCGGGCGGAUCCGCUGGCCAGGGACUCGCUGGGCGCCUCUCCGCUGGUCCUCUGCAUCCAGCACCAGAAGCCCGCGUCCUUCCUGCUGCUGGCCCGCGCCCCACGGCGCUCACGGCGCUCACGGCGACGACCACGACCACGACGACGACGACGAUUGUGA